AUGAAAGUUCCAAAUGUGAAAUCAAGUACUGUUACACCUCCUGAUGAGCGAGGAGAUAUACCUGAUGAAGAUAUUACUACAAUUACACCAGUGAUAGUUAAGCUUGUUCCCCCUUAUGACGCGAUAGAGCGUCCUGACACACCCGUACUAUCAGUUUCAUCUUCAAGUGUUACUAUACCAAAAACAGACACUUCUGAGAGUAGUAUUCUAAUGGAAGAAAAAUCACUUUCUACGACAACUCCAUUUUUUGGUGGGAUUAAAAACCUACCUCCUGGAUAUACUAAAUGGAGAGACCCAGGAACACCCGCGUCCGAAUUAUCUGGAUCAUUAAUGCCUAUGCCUGUACCUCCCGAGACUGAUGAUAAUGAUAAUGUACUAACUUCUACGCCAACUAAAACUACAAAAACACCCGAUCAUCAUAAAAUGGAUGAAUCUUGUCUACCAUCUAACCAUUUUACCGGACCGGUAUACUUACCUCCUAAAGAUUCUAACAGCACAGUUUCAGCAACGCCUACGUCAUCUCCUACAAAACCAGCAAUGACUAGGCCAGCAUCGCCUGAAUCUGAUGAUGAUAAUUAUGAUGCUCUACCAACUCCGUCGUCAAAAUCAGCAACAGAUAUACCCGAUCAUCAGGAAGGAUCUCAUCCACCGACAUCUUUCACAGGAUCGGAAUUUUCACCUCCUGAAGCUACAAUCAUGCCUGCAGUGGAAACCAUGUAUGACUUUUAUGAACCUGCUUAA